AUGCUUUUGUUUGUCGUUAUCAAUUUGUUGCUGUGGCAGGUCACGUUUGUUUGGGCGGUAGAUCUGUCACAGGUGGGCAAGCACGGCUUCGACCGCAUUGACACACACUCCCACUUUGUGCCCCCGUUUUGGAGGGAGGAGUCAAUAAAAUAUGGAUUCGGUAUGCCUGAUGGCAUGCCUGCGAUCCCUCAAUGGACAGAGGAGGCUCACUUGGCAAUGAUGCGCCAGGCAAACAUCACCAAGUCCAUUCUUAGCAUUACCUCUCCCGGCACACAUCUUGUCCCUGGUGAUGAUGCUCUCGCCCGCAAUAUCACAAGGCGAUGCAAUGAGUUUGCGGCCGACCUCAAGCGUCGACAUCCAGACAAGUUCGGCUUUUGGGCUUCAUUGCCUCUACCUGACGUCGAGGGGAGCCUUGCUGAAAUUGAGUACGCGCUCGACACAUUAAACGCAGACGGCGUGGCCGUUUUGACCAACGCGCAUGGCGUGUAUCUUGGUGACAAAAUUCUCGACCCUAUCUUUGAGGCAUUGAAUAAUAGGAACGCCACCAUGUUUAUUCACCCAACCAGCCCUUGUUUACGACGUGGCAAUGUUAUCGAGACAGCCGCCCCGUUGACUCAUUACCCAAAUCCGAUGUUCGAGUUCUUCUUUGAUACCGCCCGGGCCGUCGUCAAUAUGUUUGUCUCAGGAACUAUCGACAAAUCACCUAACGUCACCAUUAUCUUAUCGCAUGCCGGAGGCGCGGUCCCUCCGCUUGUGGCCCGCUUCACGCAAUUCGCCACAUCGAUCCUCGGCCUUCCAGUUCAGAUAAGCAUCCAGUCUGUCAAGAAGGCGUUCCAGACCCAAUUUUUCUUUGACCUGGCGGGCUUUGUAUUUCCGGACCAGAUUCAGGGUUUGCUGCCAUACGUUGACGCAAGCCGUAUUCUUUACGGCAGCGAUUACCCAUACACACCUGAAGCUGGUGUUCUUGGACUAGCUGAGGUAAUGAAUCAAGAACUGCCUCGCGUAUUCAAACAUCGCUCUUCCCAGAAGGCUAUCUAUAACGGAAAUGCUAUGAAGCUCAUAAGGACCUAG